ACUUGGAACAGUCGAACCCACGUACGAACAGCAUAUUAGCUAAACACACGAUGUCACCGUGUCCUAGCAGAACCUCGUUAGGCCUGAACGACUACGUUCAGCAGCUUUAAAGGUUAUUGUGGUUAGGGUUAGGGUUACAGUUAGCUAACACAAUACUGCUAGCUACUUGCUAAGUUAUGCUCGCUAAUAAAUCAAAAUCAAAAACUCCGAUCCUCCCGUCUGAACAACAACCGCUCAACAGCGCCCCCACUGACUCUGCUGGUUAAAUCAUCUGAGCCGUGAUCAACCUUACGGAUCAAUGACAGCGACCUACUGCACCUAUUCACCGCUGCCAGCAGGUAGAUGGGCACCCACUCAAAGAAGGAGCACAGGACAUAAAACACAAAAAACUCUACUUCAUCAAAACGUCUCGAUAAACAUUGGUGCAGCUUCCAAGCUUACAAACAGGCACACAGCAGCAAUCAACUAACUCAAAAGCAUGACUUAAAUACAUCUAAACACAGGUGUAAAAAAAUGACCAUCAGCCCAGGAACAGAAAAUGAGGAACAAAAGGUGUGGAGCGAGAAGGUUCUGGGUUCGAUUCCCGGAGGCGGCACCGGGGGUGGAGUUUGCACGUUCUCCCCAGGUGUGUGUGAGUGUGUGAAUGGUUGUAUGUCUGUGUUUCCCUGCGAUGGACUGGAGACCCUGCCUCUCACCUCUUGCUCCAGCGACCCGCGACCCCACAUAUGGGAUUCAGCGGCUUGGAAAAUGGAUGGACGGAGAUAUUUCACAAGCGGGUGGAUGGAACUGAAAGCUUCUACCAACCCUGGAAGUCCUACAGAUCUGGAUUUGGGAACGUGGCUGGAGAAUAUUGGCUCGGCCUGGAAAACAUCUUCCUACUAACUAUUAGGAAGAAGAACGAGCUGAGGGUGGACAUGGAGGACUGGGAGGGAGGAAAGGCCUUCGCCCAGUACUCCUCCUUCUCCAUCAGUCCAGAGUACCUCAACUAUCAGCUUCACCUGGGCAGCUUCACAGGAGGAGACGCAGGGGACAGUUUGACACACCACAACUCCACGAAGUUCACCACCUUUGACAAAGACCUGGACAUGUCUGGGAACAACUGCGCACGGCAUUAUUUUGGAGGGUUCUGGUACAACGCCUGCCACUGGGCCAACCCCACUGGCAUAUACGCACCUCACGGUACCAAUGGCACCAGCACAACAAACAGUAUACACAUCGCUUGGAAAACAUGGAAGGGCUACAAAAACUCAAUUAAAACUAUCGAAAUGAAGAUAAGAUCUGUCAAGAAGUGUUCCUGCACACAGUAACCUGGUUAUAUGGAGGUGCUUAGAUUAAUGAUGGUGAGGUUUGGACCCUCAGGAUGUGGGAGAUCAGCAUUUCUUUGUUCAUGUAACUGAAUUUAAUUAGCAACAAUAUGUCUGGAAAAAAAACUGACAUGUAACGGACAAAUAAAGGCAUCACCACAUACGUGUGAAUCUAAUUCAUGACGAUCCACCAAAAUCAUUCCCACACUGACCAGCUGGUGGAGCCACCAGCCUUUCACUUAAGAGUGUGGAGUGAGUUUGUAGUUUGACACAUGAAUUAUCCAAGCACCUCAAAGUUUCUGUUUUUAUGUUGUCUAUAUUAUAAUGUUUUAUAAACUAAACUUACACUUAAACAAAACUAUAACAAUGUGUGAAGUCAGAAAUUACAACAGAACCCGGAGGAAACCUUGAACUGCUUAAACUGAGAAUGGCCGACCAGUCGCACUUCCUCCUUCACUUGCUCUGAUUCUGUCUGUUUGAGACUUGGAACAGUUGGACCCACGUAUGAACAGCACAUUAGCUAAACACACGAUGUCACCGUGGCCCUGCAGAACCUCGUUAGGCCUGAACGUGGGAGGGUGAGGUCCCAUUGCAGGCUGACGUGAUCUCAGACAUGUACUGAACGCAUUUAUACAGUGUUUAACUUGAGUAUUUGCAUUUUGUGUUACUUGAUGAACGUCUAAUUUGAUUCUCAGGCACUCAGGCAGGUCUGUCAGUCUCACGGUGGAUUAGAGUGAAAGCGCUUCAUCACGUCCACAUGUAGGUCGACCUGUUUGGCAGCGUCUGGCUGUAAAUAUGUCUGGUUCUUGUCGAGCACAGUUCACUCAGCUGCUACAGUCUGUUUGUGACUAAGGAAACGACAUGUUUAAAAUUUAUUUUGGAAGAAUAAGAUAUGUUGCAGGUUCAUUAAUUGUUUUUAUUAUUUUACUGUAUGAAAAAGGUACAGAUCUGUUAAAUGAAGUGUUAAUGGCAAAAGUACUUUAACAAUAUGAAAAGCAUUUAAGCUGUAAAUUAGUCUUAUACAUGUAUAAUAUUCACAUUCCUUCCAAUAUUUAAUGAAAAACAAGGCACGAACCAUUAAAUCAGCACAACAUUGAGAAAUGUGAACAUCUGAGAUUUGGAAGGAACUCAAUGAAGCUGACUGUCAGGUCCUGUCG